GAAUCCAGCUCCCUCCGUAAGUGCGGGCAUCUCUCGCCGAGUCCAGGCCUGCCCAUCGAGCCCCAGCUCCCUCCCCUGAAGUCCAAGCAUUCCUCACAGAGCCCCGGUCUGACUCCUGAGCUCCAGCUUCCUCAGUUCAGUGCAGGCAUGCUUCACAGAGCCGAGGCCUGCCCACCGAGCGCCAGCUCCAUCUUCGGUAAAGGACGCUCACUCCGUUUUUCUCUGCUCCCACUCAGCCUUCCCACCCUCCUUCAAAAGCAGACUGAUUUAUCUAAGACCUCGGCCGUUUCACAGUAUUUUCAAAACAAAUUAGCACUCUUCCUCCGGAGUUCCAGAGGUGACUACAUCCAAGAGAGACAGGGCAUGUAAACAAGAGUCGGGUCUAACCAUGGCCGGCAGCGCCCCGCGCUAAGCGGCUGCUUUGCCUUUUUCGUCCAUCAGCAAAGAUGGAGCUGGACUCGGCCCCACUGCACAGAGUCCAGUGAGCGGUGCAUAAAUCUGCUUUUCGGUCGGUCGGUCGGGAGGAACUCGAAGGACCCGGAGUCAGCCAAGGAACUGUAGCAACGGUGGUUUCUCAAAGCAGCUAGGAAGAGCCAAAAGGCCUGGGUGACCAGCCGCCAUGCCCUUUGUGAAAGGCUGCAGGUUCCCUUUGGUUAGCACUAUGGCCGGCUGAGAGUCGACAUGACAUGAUUUGUUCCUUUGGGGCCGUGUCAGUUCUGCAAGCCAGAUACCGGAGGCCGCGGCUCAGGAGAGCCUGCGUUUGUUUGGACAGGACAGGGCCACUCAGGAGCUCCCAUCUCAGUCAAACUCCCAGAGCAGAGAGCCUAUCUGAGAAAUUCUUUUCUGUAAAGAUUUUCUUCCUUUCUUCCCCCCCCAGCCCCCUCCUCCAACAUUUUUGUUUAAGAGAAAAUGAGAUGUCUAUCUUCUGUUUCCUUAUUUUUUUUCAGGAAAGCGAAGGGUUGUUGACUUCCUCCCUCUUCCCCUCCCUUCCUUCCUUCUUCCCGAAGGUACUCAUCUGAGAAAAAGAGAACGAAGUAUUGUUCCUGUUCUCUUUCUUAAGUCAUUUGAAACACUGUCCCUGCGAGUUCCCCAAGUUCCCCUGCAAUCUGUACACAAGAGAAAGAGGGAGAGAGAGAGAGGGGAAGGCAGAGACAGCCAGAGACCAGGUGGGGCUGCAGCCACUGAGCCCUCAGGAGCUGGGACCCUGCGAAGGAUGCAGACGGCAAUGAAGAUGGUCAAAGAUGAGGAUGGACCCUUCAACGCUGCUGUGAAGAACAUCCCCACCUUUCCCCACUGCCUACAGCCCGAGGCUUCCCGAGGGAAGGCUCCCCAAAGACACCCCUUCCCUGAAGCUCUCCGGGGCCCCUUUUCCCAGUUUCGGUAUGAACCUCCUCCAGGAGACCUUGAUGGAUUCCCCGAGGUCUUCGAGGGAGGAGGGUCCCGGAAACGGAAGAGCAUGCCCACAAAGAUGCCUUACAACCACCCUGCGGAAGAAGCCACGAUCGCGGAGGAGAGCAAGAGCCUCGGCCCCCCGAACCUGGCUCUGCUUUUCCCGCAGCCACAGCGCCCCAAGUGCGACUCUCAGAUGAUCGACCUGUGCAAUGUGGGUUUGCAGUUCUACCGCACCCUGGAGCACUUGGGGGGCAAACCGGUCAAACAGGAGCCGGUGAAGCCCAGCGCCGUGUGGCCCCAGCCGACACCUCCUGCCUUCCUGCCGGCACCUUACCCCUACUACCCCAAAGUCCACCCGGGACUCAUGUUCCCCUUCUUCGUGCCCUCAUCCUCACCCUUCCCCUUCAGCAGGCACACCUUCCUGCCCAAGCAGCCCCCCGAGCCAGUGUUACCCCGGAAAGUGGAGCCCCAGGAAAGCGAGGAGACCAAGCAGAAGGUGGAGAGGGUGGACGUGAAUGUCCAGAUCGAUGACAGCUACUAUGUGGACGUGGGUGGGGCUCAGAAGCGCUGGCAGUGCCCCACCUGUGACAAGUCCUACACCUCCAAGUACAACCUGGUGACCCACAUCCUGGGCCACAGUGGGAUCAAGCCGCACGCGUGCACCCGCUGCGGGAAGCUCUUCAAGCAGCUCAGCCAUUUGCACACCCACAUGCUGACGCACCAGGGCACGCGGCCCCACAAAUGCCAGGUGUGCCACAAGGCCUUCACCCAGACCAGCCACCUGAAGCGCCACAUGAUGCAGCACAGCGAGGUGAAGCCCCACAACUGCCGCGUGUGCAGUCGGGGCUUCGCCUACCCCAGCGAGCUCAAGGCCCACGAGGCCAAGCACGCCAGCGGGCGCGAGAACAUCUGUGUGGAGUGCGGCCUCGACUUCCCCACCCUGGCGCAGCUGAAGAGGCAUCUCACGACGCACCGCGGCCCCAUCCAGUACAACUGCUCCGAGUGCGACAAGACCUUCCAGUACCCGAGCCAGCUGCAGAACCACAUGAUGAAACACAAGGACAUCCGUCCCUACAUCUGCUCCGAGUGCGGCAUGGAGUUCGUGCAGCCCCAUCAUCUCAAGCAGCACUCGCUCACCCACAAGGGUGUGAAAGAGCACAAAUGUGGGAUCUGUGGCCGUGAGUUCACCCUGCUGGCCAACAUGAAGAGACACGUGCUGAUCCACACCAACAUCCGUGCCUAUCAGUGUCACCUCUGCUACAAGAGCUUCGUGCAGAAGCAGACCCUCAAGGCGCACAUGAUUGUCCACUCUGAUGUGAAGCCUUUCAAAUGCAAGCUGUGCGGGAAGGAGUUCAACCGGAUGCACAACCUGAUGGGUCACAUGCACCUGCACUCGGACAGCAAACCCUUCAAGUGCCUCUACUGCCCGAGUAAGUUCACGCUGAAGGGGAACCUGACCCGCCACAUGAAGGUCAAGCACGGAGUGAUGGAGAGAGGCCUUCAUGCUCAAGGUCUGGGCAGAGUGACGGUUGUCCUGGUCGAGUCUCUCUACACUGUCUGCAGGACCUGGAGCGGUACGGAUGCAUUGCCCCUCUCCUCAAAACGCGCUACGUGCAAAGGUGGCGUUUCGCAGUCCGACGUGGCGCAGCUCACAGAUGUGCCUCUGCCAUCCAGGAGGAGGAGGAAGCUGGAGGACUCCGUUUACAUCUUCCGAGAUGAUGAGUCCAGCAGCAUUCCCUACAAGCUUGGAAAAGUGCUGUCGUUCAUCCAAACAUCAAAAGAGCAUGACAGGGGGCCAAUCGUUCUGGCUUUAGAGACUACCUGCAGAGUGCCCAGCACACUCCUUGAGAAGAUCCAGUCUAGCUCCAACUGCAUGCAGCUUUCCCCGUCAGCCAAGCUGCUUCUCCGUGACCCUCACCUUUUCACCUAUGUGCUUUGA